AUGUCUGAGCUCAAGAUCCUCUACCCUGGUCCUGUAAGAGGUCGGCUUGGUAGCAGGGACCUCGAGUGGACUGUGCAACACGAGGAAACUUAUUAUCCAGCAUGCACGGAUGAAGCGGCUUUCUUAAUCGAACCGGAGGCGCGCGCGAGAGGACAGCUUGGCUUUUCAGCACCACGGACAGAGCCUCCGCUUCUCCACCAGUGGGGAACUGAUGAAGAAGUUCUCGUGUGUCAUGAUGAGGAGUUUGAAACAGGCUUUUCCGAGAUAACCGGCGUCGAAAUACACAUUCAGAACCCAGAGACCAACUGUGAACACUCGAGCCCUUUCUGUGAUCCGGAUCUCUCCGAUGAUUUUGCAGCAGAACAAGCUGAAAAGUCGGCUGAUUAUGGCUUCAUUUGUGCUGUGACAUUUUUAGUGACCGGGAUCUUUCUGGUGGUUGUUUCCUACGCGAUCCCUCGUGACAUCAGGGUGAGUCCAGACAGUGUCUCAGCGCGGGAAAUGGAGCAUCUGGCCCUCGAGAACGCCCGGGUGGGCGCACACCUGGACAGAUGUGUGAUCGCCGGUCUGUGUUUCCUGACUUUGGGCGGUGUAGUGCUCUCCACCUUACUCAUGAUCUCCUUGUAUAAAAGCGAGAUGGUCAGACGGAAGGCUUUUGCAAGCUCUAAGCUCUCAGCCAAACUCUACGGGUCUAUCAAUUUUAGAGGUGUUGGUACUCAAAACAGUGUCCCGUCACAUCUGGGUUUGGAUGAGGAUGAUGCAAUGAUUGAAAUUUCAAGCUAA